AAGGCCAAGUCGUCUGGGGUGUCUACCUCAGAUAUCCUGAGGACAACCAACUGGUCAUCUAGUACUACAUUUACCUGGUUCUACCAUAGACCGGUGCAGAUGGGCCAGUUCGGGCGCCGGGUCCUGACUCUCAGACCGGCAUCAUCAGCUGAGGAAGUAUACAGACCACAAAAGGAGGUCUGGAGGAGAGAAAUACCCUGAUGGAGUCAUCCCAUAUAAUAAACAUUCUCAUUUAUCAUAUCUCAUGUGUCUUGUAGCAGUUG